CUGAGUAAACUGUCGACCUGUAGUUGCAGAUCUUUGAUGGUGUGGUGGAUUAAUCUCUCCAGGAUUUAAAACUAAGAAGAUGGACACUCAUGUUGUUUUAUUCGGCCUGCUCUGCCUGUUUGACCUCUGCAUUGGUCAAGGGGUUUUAAGAUGUAAUCCAGAGCUUCAGGAAAAUCGGGAUUACUUAGGAAAAAACAUAAUACUUCUCCCAUCUCCUGAUGUAAAUCACUGUCAGCUGCUGUGCACCCAGCACCCGAACUGCCAAUUCUUCUCCUAUGUACGGGCAGACUCAAGCGACGAGGCUAACCGCUUCCACUGCAACCUCAGGACUGGUCUUAGGAAGAAGGUGAAACAACCUGGCGUCACCUCUGGGUUCUCUCUCAAAGCUUGCAGCCCAGACCCUGAGCCUUGUCUGUCUCAGUUGUACCAUGGAGUGAGCUUUAGUGGGGCAGAUUACCAGACCUUGUUUACCUCGGACUAUGAGAGCUGUCAGAGAGUCUGCACCAAUGACCCUUACUGUCGAUUCUUCACCUUUUUCAAUGAAAGCUUUGAAACAGCAAAAUACAGAUAUAAGUGCCACCUCAAAUACAACUGGAACAUACCAAGGACUCCUUUUGUAAAGAAACUGUCCGGUUUAGUGUCUGGAUACUCCCAGAAAUUAAUCAUUGCACAGCCUGUCACAGCAUGUGAGGUCCAGUUAUUCACUAACGCUGAGAUCCUUGGAAACCACACCAGACACCUGCUCACUGCCUCUCCUGAACACUGCCAUGCUCUGUGCACUGCACACCCACAAUGCACCUACUUUGUGUAUGACAGUGAGGACUACAAGUGUUACCUAAAGGACGAUCCCAAUGAAAUGGUGAUGAGAGCCAAAGAUGGAGUCACAUCUGGGAUAUCUGCAAGCUUCUGUCAGCAUGAAAACAACUGGGCGAAGAAAACUACAGCAGGAGUUGAUUUCUGGGGUGCUGACCUUGACGACUUGUUAGCGGAUGAUGCAGAGGGAUGUCAAAGGGCGUGCACUGAGAAUCCUCACUGCCAGUUCUUCUCUUACGUCACUAAAACAUUUUCUAACCGCAAUUUACGGAGAAUUUGUUACCUGAAGAGUUCCAUCACCUUGCCUGUUCCUUAUGAUGUCAGUAACCUGGCCAAUGCCGUGUCUGGAUUCUCCCUCCGGAGCUGUGCAUUGAGCACCAUACCUGAAGUACAAGUACCCGGGUCCUCUACCUAAGCCUCACUGAAAUACGUGGAUCCCAAAUUAAAACCGCAGAAUGUUUCUAGUCAUCCCAAGCGCUUUUUACCCUUGUCUAUUACGUUUUUAAUGAGUACUGCAAAUAAAGGUAGACAAAGUGGCAUGUAUGGAUCUUUGCCUGUUUAUAAGAAAAAUGUAAAAAGGGUAUGCAUAUUAAAAUGUUAAUAAAAGGAAAACAAA